AUGACACCAACUUCGACGAUAUCGACCGGGUUCCUAUCUUCGCACGAUUCCGAUCAUCUUGGCACGAGUGCAUCGGAACCUCAAACACCUUCAACAAAACGCACUGAUCGCUCCACCCUUCAAAGCAUCGCGACGAUCUUCUCCCGGCUAGAUCCGAGAGCUCAUGUCCUUAGCGAAAUCAUCCAAAAGGCUGUUGCGACCGCGGGAACCACAUUCAGGCCGGGGGAAGCUCGUCUGUGGUGGGGAAGACAAGGCUUACAGGGGGUAGCUGUAUGGGGCAACACUAUGCCUCCGAAGAACACAGACGGUGCAGCAAAAAUUUCGUUGGCAGGUCUGAAGGUUCUCGAAGGAGUACACUCGCUCGAGGGAUGGGCUGAGCAGUCGAUGGAAUUGAAGGGACCUGGCGACAGGAGGUACCUGGUCUCGGUCAUCAAGGACUCUGCAGACCGCAAAGAAUACUUUCCGAAUAGUGUUCUGUUGAGAGUCGUAGACACGAGCCCUCGUGGACCAGUAGCGCCCAUGUUCUUCUGGUCAUAUGAGGAGCGCAUCAUGUUUCAGCUCUUAUUGAGAGCUUGGACUUCUCGCCCUUUACCUCUGGAAAUCAAAGGAAACGUGAAACGUCAGGGGAAACCUUCCAGUAUGAUCCCUGACAUACACAUCAUCUGGAUUAGACCAUCAACCAUGUGCUGUAUCCGAGCCAAUUGCAAUUAUCGACGACAUCUGGUGCUUGCUUCGAUCAGGAAUUUUCCUCUUGAAUAG